GGGGAAGGCAGCGGGAAGCUCCAGUGGAGGCGCAGCCGGUUAUCGUCAUCAUAGUCGUGAGUCGUGGGGAGUCGUGAAUAAUCGCAAAAACGAAUCGCAAACAAAAUAGAAGAACAAAAGUGUAGUUCAGUCUCUAAGGACGAGCUAGUGGUAGUGGAUGGAUUCGGAAAUGUAUAAGCAAGUGAACAUCGGGUGACUGUUAGUGCUUUAUGGUCAAGUGUUAUGUAGCGUGUAACUUUUCUAGAGAGCGAUAGCAGUAAUGAUCUGCGUUCAUCCAACAUGGAAAGAUGUGUUUUAAGCUCAACAGAUUCUCGACUCAGUCCACACUAUUAGCAUACAGGUGCAAGUGUGAUAAUGAAUUUGAGAUGCUGCUUUCCUCUACAAAAUAUAGAAAUACGUUCCCUAAUUUAUGAGGACCUGACGUGCACCGCUGCUUGAAGAAAAAACGAGGUGGAACAGCGCGAACGCGAAAGUGAAAAAUACGUCCAUUGCAAAAUGAUAAAUUUGGAAGGUUGCAAAGAAAUGCUGGAUUCAUUAAAUCUAUGAGGUUGGCCUUUCUGACCUUUCGUCAGAAGUGAAACGUAUCAUUCGAAAUAUGCGCCUUGGGAUAAAACAGGAUUUUCUCACAUUUGCAUAGAAAACGUGAAAAAGUAUUCUCCACCGGCAAAAGUAUAUUUGGAAUGUUGUGGAAAAUUUGUUUUCCGUGGAGGAGGUGUCUUUCAAUCGUAAAAGUGUGUUUUUUUGAGGAAUGAAAGUAGUGACGGAUGUUUUUGCCGUAGGUUAAUGCACCUCACGUGGCGAGAGGAGUUGCGUAUCGUAGCCGUCAAACUACAUGUAGUGGGGAAGAGGGAAUGCCUGAGUUACAUAAAAAGGGUUAAACUUUUAAGCGUAUAAGUGCGGAAAAGAUGAGUAUCUGUGCACAAACUCGUGUUGACUGAUGCGUAUACACAGUUUUAUUGUAAUGUAUGUGCAAUAACAUGGUGUAAUAUAUAGAGUGUGCACCGUAAAAUAAACCCACGCCUCUUAUAUAUUGUACGAGUACGAGCAGAGAGGAGAGACAUAACGAUCCAUCCACAAGGCGUCCCACACGACGCAUUUGUACAAUUUUUUUCUUCAUGUCAGACGUACUUUAUGGUCGAUGUGAUCGUGAAUAUUUUUCAAGUGCACACAUCGUGGAUCAUUGGAUGUGCGAUGUUACACCAUCGUCAAAGAAAUUCAAUUUAUGCUGCUCUAAUGAUUUUAUCCAUUUUAUCCAUUGUCAGAUUGCAUUCUUUUAGCUUAAAUAGUCAACUGAGAAAAAUUGCAUACUGAGAUUGGAAAUAAUGACAUAGAGCGAUAUUUAUGGCACUAAGUGACUCUUUCUGAAAAAAAAACAAUUUCAGAUACUGUGUCGCAUAAUUGUGCGGUGACAGUGUUCUAGUGACAUCUAAUAAAUGAACUAUGCUCAAGUUUUUAACGCACAAACUAAGAACUCAUUCUCUAAACGAGGAUCCGAAUCAAGAGAAGACUGACGAUGAUCACGACUCAGGAACUGAAUCAGAUGAUGAAUUCCAAGAUGACACUGGAAUCGCAGAUGAACCCUCAAGUCCGAUGGAGAGUCUGGAAAGUCCAAGACUCAUGGAGAAUCUUGUCUUUUCGGAUACCGAUUUCGCAGCUCCAACGCCGAUACUUAAGGACAGGCAAAAGUAUGAUGAUGAAGAAUUGGAGAGUGAGAAGAAAUCGAAUCAGAAGAAUAUCAUACAAACCCCCAAGACACAAGAAUCUCAAAAGGAUCUUCUUCUGUACCUAAAUUGUAAUGAUCAACAUAGUUCGGAGGAGGAGCUUGAAGUAAUAAAUGGUCCGAAAGUUGUUAAUCCACAGCGUUAUCGGACGGCAACUGCCCGCGAAAAGCGGAAGUGGUCUGAAGUUAACUGUAAUACUAGUCAAACUCAGUGCCAAUCACAACAUCAACAUUGCGAGGCAAUAGUCGCUUCUUGCUCAGCACCUGUUAGUAGAACCGGGAAAGAUGCUGCCUCUGGUUCCAGUGAUGAAGAGGUUCAAGGACUUCUUGGUAGUAGAAGCGGAAGUGGAAACAUGAUAUCGCAACCGGUACAGUUUCGUACUUCACCACCUGUGGAUGCGCACAAGCCAGGACGGUCGCUGUCGCCUCCGCCAAAACUUUUUCAUGCAUCAUCAACUGAAUCCAAACCUCCGCCUCGACCAAGGUCACGACCAAGACCACAUUCUCAUUUUCAUUCACAUUUAGAGCAUCAUCAUCAUUUACACCAUCAUUAUCAUCAUCAUUACACAGACAAUGAUGUCGAUGUCACAGGUACAUGUAGUCCAAGAAAACGUCAUCGGCCUCCUCAUAGAUUACCGAGACCUUGCCUCGACUUUGAAAAAAUGCAGCAGAUGAAGGCCCAAGCUGUCACGACUUGGAGGCAUAGUAGUGAGCAUGGAAAGGAGUUGUCUGUGUUUUGUUGGUGAGAAUGGUGAACCGAGAACUGCAGAUCUUCCUUCGGAUCUACAGUGAUCGGCUAUCGGACCUUACCUGCUAAUGUUCUUGCACCAUUGGAAAUUAACAAAUGUUAAUUGGGCAUAAUGUAAAAAAGAAAUGAGUAAUAUUAUGAAGAAGUAUUACUAUGCUUAUCGAAUAAUCCAAAUGGUACAAACAAGGACAAUUUAAGACUUGAAAAAUUGUGAUUUUUCGCGCAACUUGUAUGUUGAACAAGGCUUACCCAGUCAAAGGACAAUCCUUAUUCCCUUUCCUCUAUUUGUAAUUUUGUACUCAAUAAUAAGGUCCAUAAAAAAUGAAGCGUUCGAUUAAUGCGAGUGGGACGUGUCUCUAAUAAAUAAAAUGCAUGUAUAGUAUACGUCAAAUGUAAGUUUGUUUGAAAGUUAUUUAAAACAGUUUAUUCAAGUAGAUCUCUAUAUAUGGGAAUAUAUGAACAAAGGUGAAUCGGAACAAUAAUUGCAGAGGAAACAUAGUAUUUCUUCAUAUUGCUAUAAUUAUUGUACAUGUAUGCGUCAUGCAUUUCAAGAAUUUGGUGGACGUAUUCUGUACAUGCGUUCAUCGAACAAUUUUGUGAAUAAUUUUGUGGUGGAAAGAGUUAACUGUUUACUUGUCAGAUAUUAUCAACGAAUUGUCGACAAAAUGAGUUUUCUCUUAUUAAAGCUGCAUCGAAAAAGUUUCCGAAUAUAUUUUGUAAAAUUAGAACAUUUUAUCGUUUUUUUAUUAUUACUAUCGCAUCAAUAAUAUAUAUUCUAAUUUUACAAAAAAAAUUCAUAAUUACUCUUGUAAAUAUUUAUUUGAAUCUUGGAUAACAAAGCACAUGUAAAAAAUGUAAAUGUUUCAAUUGUAUUUGGUUUUAAAUUUUGCACUAAAAAAUAUUGUAUAUAGAUAUACAUGUUCUUUAAGGAAAUUAUACAUAAAUGUCAUUUAAUGUGCAAAACAAAAUUAUAAAUUUAUUAAAGACAUUAUUUUUUCUAAAGGCUUACUGAAUGUAAUAGAAUUGUAAAAACCAAGCAGAAAAAAUGUGCAUUCUUUUUAAAUUGUAUCGCAUUUUUUAAACAGGACGCGAAAUUUAUACAAAUGACUUAUUUUAAAAAUUGUAAAUAAUUUUAUUUUUCCAUUUAUUCAGAUACAAGUAAUUGUAAAGCCAAUGAAGACUACAAUGAAAAAAAUUGUCAAACCAAAAUUGUAAAAAAAAAUACUUAUGUUAAGCUUUACGAAAAAGUUUAAAAUAUUUUAUUUUAUAUUAUCAAAACAAUAUUUUUAGUUUUAUUAUUUUAAUAAUCAUUGUAUUGCAUCUGACAAAAAAAUGUGUGUAAUAAUUUUUUAAAAAUAGUAGUAUAUUAUAAUGCAAAAGACAAAAGUCAGCUAUUUAUUUAGGGUAAGUCCGAGGGAGAUGGCCAAUUAGAAAAUUUUACAGAAUUUGCAGGAAUUUGAAUGAAUGAAUUAAAUAAUAAAAAUUUCCCAGGAAUUCUAUUAUUUACAAAUUUUUUAUAAAUUUCUUCGCAAUAAUUCACUUAUU